AUGCCGGCUGUAAGUAGUGGGGAGCAUAAAACGGGUAGUGGGGCUCCAGCUCCAGUGUACUCUGCGACCAGUUACGUCCCUGCUGUGCUCGCAAGUCCACUUUCAGUACGAGCAACAGUAUUAAGAAGGCCAGAAUUAUUUGAGGAGUCGGCCCCAGAACUGGUAGAAGAAGGUGAUAUUUUAUUUGAUGUCCUCGCUAAUCCUCUAUACUACCCUUCUAAAGCUCUUGCAGAUGCAUCCGCUCCACCUUCUGAGAGACGACGUAGUGAAGCAGUUGCAUUAACUACAUGUGGUGUUGGAUCUGUUCUUUCAUUGCCUUCGACCAUUGGAAAACAUUUUGUAGGUCAAGUUUUUAGAGCUUUUUUAAGUUUUCACAACGCUGCAACCUACCCUCUUUCUUCUUUGACUUUUCGCAUUGAGUGUUUUCAUCCGACACAGCAGCGUACACCACUAGUUAAUUACGAAUGCCCUCGUUUGGAGGGUAAAGGGAAUGCAUCAUUUAAGGUGGAGUUUUUGCUGCAAGAACCAGGACAACAUACUCUGGGUGUAGUAGUAACAUAUCUUGAUAUUGUAAAUGAAACAAAACGUUUGACGUGGUCAUCAGGAUUUCAGGCGGAAAGAGCUAUCACAGAGGCUCAUAGAUCUCUUCAAAUUGUUCCUAUUUUGACUCAUCAUCAGCGUGAUACACUUAAUCCAUUACGUGCCACAGAAACUACUAUUAAAGAAGUAAUGUCAAAUAUCAAUUUGCCUACAAGAAAAUAUAUUCUUUCUCUUUGUUUACAAAAUACAUCAUCGGUACCAUUAGCUAUUACAAGCGUAGAAUUACAUAGUGGAGAGGCUUUUGAAGUCUUACCACCACCACAUCGUACAUCUGCAAGAAGUGAUCGCUCUUCUUCACCCAAGUGGUUGCCUGAAUCUGCCGUAGAGAGAAAAGAAGAUCCGAAUGCGUUUCGCAUGCGUUAUGCAGGUGGUGGAGCAGAUACUAUAGAAGACCUGCAUAUGCGUCCAAAAGACAGGCGAAACUAUUACUUUGAACUCCUUGUGAAACCGGAUACUAUUCGUUCUCUUGCCCUAUGCCAUCGAUCUACCGGUGCAUCUCCGUCUGUGACACCACCAAAUUUAACGGAUCUUGGACACGUGGAGUGGAAAUGGCGUCGCCCUAAUGGUGAUAGUGGAACAGAAUGUAGUAGUCUUUUGCGGCUUGGACGUCUUGCAAAACAACCAACACUAGAAAUGUUUGUAAUAGGUAUGCAGCCGGAAACACCAAAGGCUGGAAAACCGAUGACAUUUGAGUGUAUUGCUAUCAAUUAUGAUCCUUCAAUACGUGUAGAUUUAGCCUUGCGGGUGCGACCAGAACAGUUGGCACCAUCGUUUGUAUACGCCGGACCUCUGUUUUCUCCUUUAGGUCUUGUUGAACCACAAGGGUCAAUUUCUUUCAGUGUGUUGUUGGUGCCGUGGAAGUCUGGAUGGUUCUCGUUGCAGCAAGGCCUCGAACUCUGCGAUGCCCGAGCGCCGGCGAACUUGCUGUGGCCAUUGCGGCCAGUUACAACGCAACCACCACCGAUAUCAUUAAAGACACCGGGAACAGGAGUAGUUGUAGUGGAGGCACAGGAGCAGCCGUACCCACCAGUGUUGUGUGAAGUCCUUGUCUGCUGA